AUGUGGAUUGAUCUUGUCGUAACUGGUUUGCUUAGUCUGUUGAUUUAUCACACACGAUAUACCAAGGCAACAGAAUGUGGCGUUAAAGCAAGCGUUGAAGAUGAAGUCGGCGAUAAACGCAUCACAGGUGGACACGAGAGUGCACCAGGAAGCUGGCCUUGGAUGGCAGCUGUUUUUGUUGAUGGACCUCCCACCAAGUACUUCAAGUGUGGGGGGACCCUGCUAUCUAAUCGAUGGGUUAUCACAGCAGGACAUUGUGGUCUGAUUACCAAUGAGGUUGGGAUGAUAGGAGGUGCCCACACCAUGCCCUAUCGACUAAAGGUACGUCUUGGUGAACACAACUUAAAGGGAAAGGAUAGGAAUGAACAAGAGAUAACAGCAAAGAGAGUGAUUUUUAACCCUAAAUGGGACAUAGUGAAGAAAAAUACCAAGGAAGGACCAAAGUUAAUAUCUACCAAUGAUAUGAUGUUGRUUGAGUUGGAAAAGCCAGUCAAGAUGACAGAGCAAGUUUAUCCUGUGUGUUUGAGCAGGAAAAACUUUAAACAUGGUAAAAUGUGUCACGUGGCRGGAUGGGGCAACUCAAAAGUGGGUGGUCCAGUACCCAACACUCUUCAUGAGGCAGCACUCCCUAUUGUAUCCCGAGAAGAUUGCAAUAAACCAGAAUCCUAUAGUGGAGUAAUCUCUAAUGAUAUGAUCUGUGCAGGGUAUCAGAAAGGUGGCAAAGACACUUGUCAAGGAGAUAGUGGAGGACCCUUGAUGUGCCAGGGCAAGGACAAGAAAUGGUUCAUUGCUGGUGUAGCCUCCUUUGGACACAAUGAAUGUGGAGUGCCAAAUAAGUAUGGAAUAUAUGCUAGUGUUGCUGCUGCAAGAGAUUGGAUAACAAAGUACACUAGACUUAAAUUCAUGUAAAAAAAAUUAACGAGAUAAACUUUGAAAUUGCACCUACUAACCUAUAUUAGUCCUGGUAAAUCCAUCUGCAAUAUCAAGUAGUAUGRUAACCCUAUUUACCAACUGCUUCAUGACAGAACCAUACAGAUAACAUAAUUAUACAAUGCCUUUAUGCCCUGGCAUGACACUUUGCCUGACUAUAGUGAAUACUGUCAUGGAUUUCAAAGGGACUGGUUGCAUUGCUUAAGCUCACAUCUGAUAGUCACAUAGCAUAUGCAAUAUAUAUGAAGCAUAAUUUCGUUGUGUCUGCGCAGCUACACGCAUGUGGCUGUGAGUAAAGCCUUCUUUGAACSAGACUGGACAAAAACA